GGCUUUCAUGAUUAAGUUGGCAUGGCAGGUUCUUAACAACAGCUCAGAUUUGUGGGUGCAGAUCAUGCAAGGCAAGUAUUUCAAGCACAAAGAUGGGGCAAAUUGUGGCAAUGAAGAGGAGCAACCAUUCAAGUCUUUGGAAAGCAAUCCUUAAGGCAAUCCCCCUCAUGAAGAGUGCUGCAGUCUGGAGCAUCAGGAAUGGAAAGACAACAAGCUUUUGGCACCAUCCAUGGCUUGAACAUGACCUUUUCCUCAAGGACAAUACACUGCAAGAUGACCCUACUACCCUGGAUAAAUCAGCAGUGGCGGACUGGGUUGAUGAUAAUGGAGAAUGGGACUGGAUCAAGCUCCAAGACAUCUUCCCUCCCAACAUCCUGGCCUUGAUUGCUGGAAUGGAACCUCCAAAAGAUGAUCUGGGUGAGGAUAAGUGUAUUUGGGGGCUGGAAAGGGAUGGCAGAUUUCGGCUGAAAUCUGCAUAUAAGCUGGAUGCGGAUCAAUUGGAUUCUACAGGAGAGGCAUUCUGGAAGGAACUCUGGAAAUGGAAAGGACCUAGCCGCACCAAGCACUUUCUUUGGCUUGUCAUGCAUGAUCGUCUGCUCACAAACAAAGAACGAGUCAAAAGGAAGUUGGCCACGGAUGGAAACUGUAAUUUUUGCAAGGACACAGAAGAAACCACUGAACAUAUCCUCAGGAACUACAGGAAGACAAAGGGUAUCUGGGAGAAAUUCAACGCCAAAGUCACCUGCAAGGACACCAGUUUGCCUUUCAAGACUUGGAUGCUACGCAACUUGAAAGAUGAUGAUCAUGGAGUGGAUUUUGGUCUGAUUGUGUGGCACCUCUGGAAACAGAGGAAUGAAGAAUGCUUGGAUGGUAAAAGUUUUGUGGAAAAGUCUCUCCUCUGCAGAAUUGAGGCUUGGUUUAAUAUCUUUAAGAUGGCAUUGAAGAAUGUGGAAAGGAGCUUUGCGCCACCAACAGUGAGAAGAGAGGAGUUGAUUGGAUGGAAGCCACCACCUGACGGAUGGGUACAGAUCCAGUCUGAUGGCUCUGUCCUCUCUCCCUCAGGCAGCGCUGCUGCUGGAGGCCUCAUCCGUGACUGCUUGGGAAGGUGCUCUGUGGCCUAUGCCUGCAACCUUGGAGUCUGUUCUAUCACUGUUGCUGAGCUCAAAGGAGCAGCUGUGGGACUUCAAAUUGCUUGGGAUCAAGGCCAUCGAAGGGUGCACCUCAACCUGGAUUCGUCCACUGCAGUUGCUAUCAUUAAGAACUGCUCUGACGAUUAUCACAGACAUGGCCUACUAGCUAUUCAUGUCAAUAAUCUUUUGAAUCGUGAUUGGGACGUUGUUGUCUCACACGUGUAUAGGGAAGGGAAUUGUACGGCUGACUACCUUGCUGAGUUUGGUCAUAGCCUACCUUUUGGCACACAUCAUGUUGAUGUGUGUAAUCCCGAUCUAUGUAGAUGGUUAGAGUAUGAUGUUCUGAGAAUCUCCCAACCUCGUUCUAUUAAUAUAUGAUCCUAGACGCCUUUGAGCGUCUGUCUUCCUACCCAAAAAAAAAAAACAUUAGUGUUGAAC